GUGCAGGGAUCUUAAGGCACUUACUGGAAAAACUGCCCGUGUGUGCCACGAACAAUUUGUCCUCAUCUUCACAACUUUUAGGACAGAGAAGAAGAGCUUGCAAUGCAGCCUGUUGGAGGCUCUGCAGCAGGUGUCGGAGCUGGAGAUCACCAGGAGCCGUCUGGAAGGCCAAGUAGGCACAGCCAUGCAGGCCAAGGAGCUGAUACUUGAGGAUGUCAGGGGCCUUCGUUGUGAGCUGCAAGCUGUAAGAUCUUUCAGCAAGCAGCAAUGUGAAGAAAUGGCCCAACAGCUCCGCUUGGCAGAAGAGCAGUUCAGCAAGGCUCUGAGACUCUGGCAAUCUGCUCAGGAGGAGGAGAAAAGGAAGCUCCUGCAAAAACAGGAAAGACGGCUGAAACAACAGCGUUUGAAGGUGCUGGAGCAGCGGGAACACUUCCUGGCAGAGCUCCAGCGCCAGAAGGCUGCUCAUUUAGACAAGGUGUGCCGCCUGCAGCGAGAGCUAAACCAAAGGCAGCGGCAGGUAGAGCAGCUGAGGCAGGAGCUGAAGGAGGAGCGAGAGAAUGGGCAG